AUGUCUCAAUCACAAACUGAUCGCUCACCUUACUAUGACAUUGUCAUUGUCGGCGCUGGACCAGUUGGUCUAAUGCUGUCAACCUGCCUUGCGCGUUGGGGAUACAAAAUCAAGCACAUUGAUAACAGAGCUGAGCCAACACCGACUGGUCGAGCUGAUGGAAUCCAGCCGCGUUCUCUGGAUCUUCUUCGCAACAUGGGCCUCAAGUCUGCUAUAAUGGCACAUAAACCAGCUCGAGUUUACGAAGUUGCCUUCUGGGAUCCUGCUUCAUCAGGCAAUGGUAUUGCCCGGACUGGAACAUGGGCCAGCUGCCCCGACUUUAUCGAUGCCCGUUAUCCAUUCACAACCCUGCUGCACCAGGGCUUGAUUGAACGUGUUUUCAUCUCGGAUCUGGAGAAGAACGGCGCGCAGGUCCAACGUCCAUGGUCCAUCAAGAGCUUUACUUCUGAUGAGAAGUCCAACCCUGACUACCCCGUUACUGUCGAGCUGGAGCACGUCGACGGCACAGCCCAAGAGACUCUGCACGCCAAGUACCUAUUUGGUGGUGAGGGUGCAAGAUCGUUUAUCCGCAACCAGCUUGGUAUCGCUGUUCAUCAUAAGGACCCUAUUGCACACGUUUGGGGCGUCAUGGACGGUGUAGUGAGAACUGACUUUCCUGAUAUCAAGAUGAAAUGCACCAUUCACAGUGAACAUGGUUCUAUCAUGGUUAUUCCACGUGAGAGCAACAUGGUCCGUCUCUACAUUCAGAUUGCAUCCUCGACAGACCCAGACUGGAAUCCUAGACGUACAGCCACCGAGGAGCAAGUGCAGGAAUCGGCCAAAAAGAUCCUGCAGCCAUACUCUAUUGAGUGGGAGCGCGUCGAAUGGUACUCCGUCUACCCUAUCGGACAAGGCAUUUCUGAGAAAUACACAUUGGACCAGCGAGUUUUCCUUGGCGGUGAUGCUUGUCACACCCACAGUCCCAAAGCAGGACAGGGAAUGAACACAGCGUUCCUUGAUGCCCAGAACCUUGCCUGGAAGAUACAUGCCGUCGAAUCCGGCUUUGCUAACAGGGAGAUUCUAAAGACUUACGAGACAGAGAGAAAACACGUUGCUGAAUCUCUUCUUGACUUUGACAACCGAUAUGCCAAGCUGUUCUCGCAACGACCCCCCGCAGCUGCUGAGGUACAGGCUGCGUCGGCGGAUCAUGGCAACAACGCGAGUCAAGAGAACGAAUUCAUCAACACUUUUAAGGAGUCUUGCGAAUUCACCAGUGGAUACGGUGUUUACUACAAGCCAAACGUUUUCAACUGGUCUCCCGACCACGCCGCACAGUCGCCUCUUAUUCACCCUCAAGGAACGAAGUUACGGACGGGCCGCAUUUUCAUCAACUCAAACGUAACACGAGUCGUGGAUGCCAAUGUCGUCCAUCUUGAGCAAGAAGUACCAUUGAACGGCGCUUUCCGACUAUUCGCCUUCGCGGGCGCUCCAUCAAAAACUCGCCAGGCCCUCAAGGAUUUUGCCAACCAUCUGGGCAGCCAACGAUCCUUCUACGCCACGUACCAGCGAUCUGAUCUGGACAAGGUCUCGUACCAUGAAAAGCACCUCCCUCAUAGCCGUUUCUUCACCCUGUCUACAAUUUUUGCUGCUAGACGACCCGAUAUCGAGAUAUCUCGCGACGUGCCAGGUGUCCUCGCUCGAUACAGGGACCACGUGUACGCCGAUGAUCGUUCCGACGCUCGGUUUGCGCAGGCGAAGGCUGUGGCUCAUGCCAAGAUGGGCUUGGAUGAGGAUCUCGGUGGAGUAGUUGUAGUUCGACCAGACGGAUAUGUUGGUAUUGUCGUCAGUCUUGUUGAAGGCAGUGGCACAGUGGAUGCGCUGAAUGAGUAUUUCUCAAGUUUCUGUACGAAGAAGCUGGGAGCUACCAUGGCACAACUAUAA